AGGAAGAAUUGUGUCAGGAAAUCACUGUACAGCUGGAAACACAUGCAGAUGAUUUCAUGCCCCACUUUAAAAGUGACCAUGGCUGAAAACACGUCUGCCAGGACGGCGGUUGAAAAGGGGGAAGAAAGGAAAUAUCAUAAAAGACAUUGUGGCAUACAUUUUCUCCCAGAUGGACAGAUUGUCAAUAACACUCAUAACAUGAAUGGUGACCCUUCACUUGGAGACACAAGUGUGAACUCAGAGAGCACUGACACUGAGAUCCUGUAUCUGAACCCUCAGACACCAAACUGGUCACUUGCUGAGAAGUUUGCUGAGCUUUCUCCAGGAGACAAAACUGGAAUCUGUGAUGACCAAGACCACAACACUGAAACAUUGUCGCAGUGCACUAAAUAUCUCAAUGACAAUAAAAUAAAUGGGCCUGGCGACAUGCAUUUAGAUGCUACUCAAAACAAUUGCUCGAAAUACGUCAGGAGCAACCAAGUGCGAAAUCAGAGAGCCUCCAAGCUUAAGGAGCUGAAUGUUGAGGAAUAUUCUCCAGGCGGAGGAGGGAAUAAGACCAAAAAGAGGAAUGUGAAUAGUCCGUCUCUUAAGAAAUUACUUAAAAAGCACGACAAAGACAAGAUCCCUCGACUUCUGGUAGCGAUGAAAAAACGUGGCGAAGUCGACAUAGAGCACCGUCCCUUCAAGUGUUCACACUGCCACUGGGCCUUCAAGAAGCUAUGCAACCUGCAGAGCCACUUACAAACACACACUGGCCUCAAGCCGCAUGUGUGUGAUAUAUGUGGCAAGGCCUAUUCCCAUCAGGGCACGCUGCAGCAGCACAAGCGUCUGCACACGGGUGAAAGACCAUAUCACUGCCCCUUCUGCGUCAAGACCUACAUUUGGUCCUCAGAUUACCGCAAGCACAUCCGCACACAUACCGGGGAGAAGCCCUACGUCUGUGACACUUGUGGCAAGGAUUUUAUUCGCUCCUCAGACCUGCGCAAGCAUGAGCGGAACAUGCACACCAACAACAAGCCCUUCCAGUGUACCCACUGUGACAAGACCUUCAAUAAGCCCCUCUCUCUGAACCGUCAUGAGCGCAAGCACUUGGGCGAAAGGCCUUUCUCCUGCCCUGACUGCGGGAAGGCCUUUGCCCUGCCCAGCCGCAUGGCCGAGCACCGCAAGACCCAUGCUGGGGUUCGUCCGUUUGUGUGCACGGUUUGUUCCAAGUGCUUCACAAAGUCCUCCAAUCUGACAGAGCACGAGGCCAUCCACAGUGGCGCGCGGCCCUAUAAGUGCACAGAGUGUGGUGUUGCGUUUGCCAUGGCGUCCCGCCUCGUCCGUCACCAGUACGUGCACAAUAAAGAGAAACCCCUCAGCUGCACGGGCUGCAGCAAGAACUUCUGCCACCUUGAGACACUGAAGCUUCACCAGGAGCAAACGUGUGCUGGGAGAAUCUUUGUCUGUGUGGACUGUGACAAAUCUUUCCAGUGUGCGGCAAAGCUCGCACAGCAUAUGCUGAGCCACAGGGACAAGAGUGUGUGAGCCUGUUUGAAGAAAGGUACUGUUCACAUCCUUCACCAUGCUGGUACUAAUAACUUAAUUUACAACUAUAACAUUUUAUUGAUUUCAAAUAUUCAGUUCCAGACACAUUACAUGUCAUGGGACACUGGUAUAUUUAUGUUAAGGUAUUUAUAUAUAAUCAUUGUGCUGUAAUGACUUUUGAAACUCAAUACUCAUGUACCCUCUUUCCCCACGGUGCUGGGUUACCAUGAGUAUGGUACAGGAUAAAAAUUAGCACUGCCUUGACACUGGAGAUGACAGCUGGGUGACGUGAAAGUGCUUACAAGAGCAUUGGAUGGUCUUUAAAGUGACAAUAUUCUCUCAGGUGCCAGUUUAUCAGGAACAUCUAGUUAGAACACAUGCAGAGGAAUCCAAUAGUUGUUGUUGUAAAGAAAGUAUUGCUGUAUAUUGUAAAGAAAACAGCAAGUGUUUGAUGUUGUCAUCUUUGUCAUGCUGGAGAUUUUGGUUUGUUUUGUGUUUUCUAUUCAAGUUUUAUAAUUUUUUCGUUUUUGCUUGGUUUGUUCCAUAAGACGUAGUAAUUUAACGAGUUUCUGUGCUAUAUCAAAAUGUGAGUGAAAAUUACCCCAAAACUGUUUUUAAAGGCACUUACAGUGGACAAAUACAAUAACAUCUGGCUUUUGUCCUCAAUGGGUUAAAUUGUCAUUCAUUACAUCCACUGCAGGUCUAAUCCCACUGCAGUAGUCAGUCUGAGCUUUAAUCAGGACGUCAACAUGCCAUAAACACUGUAAACCUGUCACCUGCCCACCACCAGGCAAGACUGCAUAAAAACCAUAUAAAGAGGGCUGACAUGACCAUGGCAUCUCAAUUGCCCACUACUGACUGAAAGGUUAUAAACCCCACCUCAUUCAUGUUAGUGGAUGGGACAUGGACCAAACUGUAAAGUUAAAAUACAGGUCUAAGAAUAAUUUUCUAAAAAAAGGUUUGGUCAAGUGCUAUUUUUUCUGGGAUGUUUGGUUUUAAUUUGUAAUUUAAUGUAAUAAAAACUGGGUGAAACGUCACGAUUGACAGCUGCGACUGACUCGCAGUCUACUCUUCUUGGCAGCUAGCAGAUCACUUUCAGAUAAACCUGCAAAUUUGUGUUAAUAAAUCAGUUUUUUUUAAUGUUAUAAUGACAUUAUUUUCUAUGGUUUUGUAAGUACACUAAAAGCACCCGUUACAAUGACUUGUAAAUCAAAUUUCGCAAAUGUGCUUUCAAAACUUUUCUGAAGACUCUCUGUGCAUUUUAUGGCAGCUCUAAAACUGGUUCUUUCUAACUAUAUUGCCCCACACAAGACAAGUGUAUGUCUGGUUUAAAGGUUUUAGCAGAAGCUCAGGCUCCAUUUGAUUCAAGCGAACCAACUUUGUAAUCCUGUUGUCCAAAUUUUUACUAUGAAGGCGACUUUCAAUAAAAUGAGGCCAAUGUCUUACUUUUUGAAGAAUCAUUUAAAACCUGGACCAACAUAUUCAUGAUACGAGGGCCCUGGAAUGCUAAUCACAAAACAAAACAUCAUAUAAGAAAACACAACAAAAAAUUAUAAAUUACAAAGCAAAUGGAAAAAAACACAAUGACAGUCCUAUAAAAAGGGUAGUGCUAUCUAAAAGGCUUGUUGCGGAUUAGAGGGACACACUGUCACAUGUUUUGUGAUUUGUUGUUGUGUGUGCUUUCUUUUCUGCAUGUUGUAAUAUGCUAUAGGCAAUUGCAGUAAUUUGCCCUGUGAGUUUUGUAAUUUAUUUUCGUAUUUUGUUAUUUGCCGUUAUGAUUUGCACUUCAGGGCCAUCCUAUAAACACCGAAAAAGUAAAAAAUUUGAAUAAUACUUGACAAGUAAUUAUUUUCAAAAUAAAGACAGGGUCCAUAUCGCUUUAAGUCUUUGGGGAGAUUGGGAUGCCACUUGACGCAGUCUUUCAUAAUGCUUUCUAUCCUGACUGUGUUUAUGUUCUGAUAUGCAAUUGGCAGGCAGUAAGUUGUCGCUCAAACGCCGGAGGCCUGUGUGCUGGACACUCAGCCAGUGUGUCGCACUCCGAUUUGGCAACUGCAAGCUAAUCGAAAAAGGAGACGGCCUCUGCCAGGUUGUCACCUGCUCUACAUUAAGUAAAAGGCCCCACCUGGAAUCCCAGCUAUUUCAUUGCAAGCCACAUUUAUUCAACAUGGGACUUUUAAUAAGCUGUUCCCAGAGUGGUGUGUCAACAAAAA